UUUUUCUUUCACCAACACCUACAGCUGCUCAUGAAGACGGGUUUCUCUGGCCGAGAGUUACCAACAAUCUUGCCAGGAUGCAUCUCGUUCCCAAGGAGCUCGAUAAGCUCGUCAUCUCUCAAUUAGGCUCCCUGGCUCAGCGGCGGCUUGCCCGGGGCGUCAAAUUGAACCACUCUGAAGCAACGGCACUCAUCGCCAGCAACUUGCAAGAGCUCAUCCGCGAUGGUAACCACACCGUGGCCGAUCUCAUGAGCUUGGGUGCCACCAUGCUGGGGAGGAGGCAUGUGCUCCCCACAGUCUGCAGUACCCUUCAUGAGAUCCAGGUCGAGGGCACCUUUCCCUCAGGGACCUAUCUCGUGACUGUCCACAAUCCCAUCGCAACGGACGAUGGUGACCUGGCGCGCGCCUUAUACGGCAGCUUUCUCCCCGUGCCUAGCAAUGACCUCUUCUCGAUGCCCGAAGUCGCGGCGUACGAGCCCAAGAAGGCGCCCGGCGCCGUCGUCACCGCGGUGCGCAAGGUCGCGCUCAAUGAGAAGCGCAACCGCAUCAGGCUCAAGGUGAAGAGCAAGGGGGACCGCCCCAUCCAGGUCGGCUCACACUACCACUUCAUCGAGACAAACCCGCAGCUCGAGUUUGACCGCGAGAAGUCGUACGGCUACCGGUUGGACAUCCCCGCCGGAACCUCGGUGCGUUUCGAGCCCGGUGAUGUGAAGACGGUGACGCUCGUCGAGAUUGGAGGCCACAAGGUCAUCCGCGGCGGCAACAAGCUCGCCUCGGGCGGCGUCGAGCUCUGGCGCGCAAAGGAGAUUGUGGAGAAGCUUCAGCUGGCCGGGUUCGCCCAUGCGCCGGAGCCCGAAGCCAUCAUGAACUUUGCCGAGGUCUACCAGAUGGAGAGGGCGGCGUACGCGACAAUGUUCGGUCCCACCGUGGACGACCUGGUCCGACUCGGCACCACGGAUCUCUGGAUCAAGGUGGAGAAGGACUUCACCGUAUACGGCGACGAGUGUAAGUUUGGCGGCGGCAAGACGUUGAGAGAAGGUAUGGGCCAGGCAACGGGCCGGCCGGACUCGGAAUCUCUGGAUAUGGUCGUCACCAACGCCCUCAUUGUUGACUGGACGGGCAUCUACAAGGCCGACAUUGGUGUGAAAGACGGUAUGAUUGUUGCUAUCGGGAAGGCGGGUAAUCCGGAUGUCAUGGACGGCGUGACCCCGAACAUGAUUGUCGGUAGCUGUACAGAUGUCGUCGCUGGCGAAGGCAAGAUUAUCACCGCCGGCGGCAUUGACACUCACAUCCACUUCAUCUGCCCGCAACAGGCAAACGAGGCCGUCGCUUCAGGUAUCACCACCAUGCUUGGAGGUGGUACGGGACCAAGUGCCGGCACGAGCGCCACAACCUGUACGCCCGGCAAGAACUACAUGCGCGAGAUGCUUCAGGCCUGCGACACAUUGCCCCUGAACAUUGGCAUAACGGGCAAGGGCAACGACUCGGCGCCUGAGGCCCUGCGCGACCAGGUCAUCGCCGGCGCCUGCGGCCUCAAGCUUCACGAGGACUGGGGCACCACGCCCGCGGCCAUUGAUACGUGCCUCAGUGUCUGCGACGAGCUGGACGUGCAGUGCCUCAUCCACACCGACACGCUCAACGAGUCCGGGUUCGUCGAGUCCACCAUCAACGCCUUUGCCGGGCGCACGAUUCACACCUACCACACGGAGGGCGCCGGUGGUGGCCACGCCCCCGACAUUAUCUCCGUCGUCGAGCACCCCAACGUCCUGCCGUCGUCGACGAACCCGACCCGGCCCUACACCCGCAACACACUGGACGAGCACCUCGACAUGCUCAUGGUCUGCCACCACCUCUCCAAGAACAUCCCCGAGGACGUCGCCUUUGCCGAGUCGCGCAUCCGCGCCGAGACCAUCGCCGCCGAGGACGUGCUCCACGAUCUCGGCGCUAUCAGCAUGAUGUCGUCCGACUCGCAGGCCAUGGGCCGCUGCGGCGAGGUCGUCCUCCGCACCUGGAACACGGCGCACAAGAACAAGGUCCAGCGCGGGUUCCUGCCCGAGGACGAGGGCACGGGCGCCGACAACUUUCGCGUCAAGCGCUACGUGAGUAAGUACACUAUCAACCCGGCUGUCGCGCAGGGCUUCGGUCAUCUGGUGGGUAGUAUCGAGGUCGGCAAGCUUGCGGACCUGGUUGUCUGGGACCCGGCGUGGUUCGGCACGAAGCCCAACCUGGUUAUCAAGAGCGGUCUCAUCGCGUCCGCGCAGAUGGGCGACCCCAACGCCUCCAUCCCGACAGUCCAACCCAUUAUCGCGCGCCCCAUGUUCGCGCCCCUCGUGCCGGCCUCAUCGGUGCUCUUCGUCUCGGCCGCCUCCAUCGCCUCGGGCGCCAUCGCGUCGUACGGCCUCCGGAAGCGCGUCGAGGCCGUCAAGGGGUGCCGCACUGUCGGCAAGAAGGAUAUGCGGUUCAACGACAGCAUGCCAAGGAUGAGGGUCGACCCGGAGAGCUACACCGUCGAGGCGGACGGCGAGGUGUGUACCGCCGAGCCGUCUGAUACGCUUCCCUUGACGCAGGCGUUUUACGUCUACUAAGCGUUAUGAUGAUGAUGAUGAUGGCGGCGGCGGACUCUUCUGGUGUUGAUGGGAUGGACAUCAGGAUGGGUGUUUGAGAGGUUCGGCGUUGAUGAGAAGAUGAAAGUAUGAUGAGAGGGCACGUCGUAGUGAGGGGGAAGGGAAGGAACAUUUCAAAGCAUAGCGGCAUUACGGGCGGGUAGUUGGGAUGGGGAUAUUGGGGUGCUUAUUAUUAAUGACACAUGAGAGAAGCUACCUUACCUUAUGAAAGGGUUCC